CUGGCCGUCGCCGGGUGCGGCGCGCGCUUGCCGGGCGACGUCGACGACGCGCGGUCGCUCUGGGCGCUGCUCGCCGCGGGCGGCAACGCCGUGGCGCCCGCGCCCUGGAACCGGCGGGGCAACGGGCGGCCGAGCGGCUACCUGGGCAAGGCGACGCUCGAGGGCUUCGACCCCGGCGCGUUCGGCAUGGCGCCCGCGGAGGCGGCCGUCGCGGACCCGCAGCAGCGCCUCGCGCUCUUCUGCGCCGCGGAGGCGCUGCAGGUCGCCUGGGGCGACGCGCCGGGCGAGGCGCGCGACCGCGACGUCGCCGUCUUCCGGAAAACGACCGAGAUAGGAGCCUCCAAAGUUGGAAAUUUCGCACGCUUGUCCUGCCCAGGCGUCGGCGCGAUCGCGGUCGUCUCGAACCGCGUGUCCUACUGCCUCGACCUGCGGGGCGCGGCGGUGUCCCUGGACACGGCGUGCUCGUCGGCGCUCGUCGCGCUCGACGCCGCGGCGUCGCGGCUCACGCGCGGCGACGAGACCGCGGCGCUCGUCGGCGCGGCCAACGUCCAGCUCGUGGCGUCGUGGUCCGAGGCCUUUGUCGUCGCGGGCAUGCUCAGCCCGCGGCACCGCUGCGCCUUCGGCGACGACGGCGCCGACGGCUACGUGCGCGGCGAGGGCGUCGCGUUCGCGUGCGUGUCGGCGACGGCGUCCGCGGCGACCGCGUUCGUCGAAUCCACCGCCGUGAACCAGGACGGGAGGUCCAACGGCCUCACGGCGCCGAACCCGGCGGCGCAGGCGCGCAUGCUCCGGGCCGCCGUCGGGUCGAGGCGCAAGCUCGACGUCGGGUACGUCGAGGCGCACGGCACGGGCACGCGCCUGGGCGACCCCAUCGAGCUCGACGCGCUGGGCCGGUCGCUGCGGGAGGGCCCGGGCGCGCCGCUCGCGACGGCGUCGGUGAAAUCCAACCUGGGCCACCUCGAGUGCGCCGCGGGCGCUGCGGCGCUCGCGAAGCUCGGCGCCGCCUUCGACCGGCGCGCGCUCCCGCGGUCGCUCCACGUGCGCCGGCUCAACGCCGUCGUCGACUGGGCCGCGGACCGCGUCUUCGUCGUCGCGCGCGCGACGCGCGACGCCGCGCCGCGGCUCUGCGGCUGCAACGGCUUCGGCUUCGCGGGCACGAACGCGCACGCGCUCCUGAGCCGGCCGCCGCGGCCG